AAAAGACACAGGGACAGCAACUCACCACGGCAUGAUCACGUGCUGGACUCGUAAUCGCCAGCAGGAGGCUAUUCUACGUGUGGGUCUGCUAUCCUACCUAAUAAUAAUGACCUAGAAAAACAACAAAACCAUAAAAAAGCAAAUAACAUGUCCUCCUUUUGCUAAUAUUUCACAUAAACCAGUAAAAACAUUUAUCACCUUGCUCCCUCUCAGCCUCUCAGGAUUGACCGCUGCUGGCUGAAGUAUAUAUAAGUGUGCACAGUGUAGUAACUAAGUGUGCGUCGUGAAGUAUUUAAGUGGAGAGAAGUACCAAGGAAGACCUAAAAGAAGAGAUACAAAACGCAACAAGAAGAAGAAGAAGGAGGAGCUGCUGACAUUUGACAACACGUGUGGUUCAUGUCAGCGGGUCCCUGCUCUCGCCUAGGGUCAAAAGGAGUGUCAAAUUACCACUGGUGUCCCUGUCGUGGCCGCAGGGAUGAAGGCCGAGGGUGCAGAGAGUGACCCGCUGGUGGCCGAGAUUCCUGUGUUCCUGUCUAAGACUCUGCUGGACAAACUGUAUGUGCUGCAGUACCCAGUGCGGCCUCGCUCUCACACCUACGAUGACUCCACCAUCCUCAAGACAAGAAUCCGGCCCCAGAGUGGACACAUAGAAAUGGAAAUGGGACUGAGGACCAGAGGACCCACCUAUGACAAGAGCAAAGGGGAACAGAUUGCAUAUAACGUAGAUGGAACAUACAGGGAAUCGCGAGAUUCCGAGGACAACUUUUACAAGAGCAAUGUCAUGGACAAGCUAAUUCUGACAUCCAGCAAAGCUCUGAGUGACACAAGCCGUUAUGCUGUGGGUGUCAUGCGUGACAAUAGCCUGCACCUCUCGCCUAUCACCACAGUCCUCGCCCUUCGGCCUUCCUUCUCCUAUCUGGACCAGGCAGACAAAAGAGGCAGACAGGACCGCAAGGACACGGCUGGGGAGGAAGAUUCUGAUGAGGACGAAAAAGCAAAGAAAGUAACAGUCAGAUUUGAGAACCCAGAAACUGAAAAGAGUCGCAAGGCCAAAGAGAAGAGUUACGGCUUUCUCCUGCGGAAGAUACAUGAAGAACCGUGGAUUGAAGUUGACUACCACAAGUUUGGUGGUGAGCACAGUGAAUUUGAAAGGAGGAAAUUGUAUUGCCUGUACGAGGACGAGCACAUCGACCAGUUUAGCCUCGGAGCUGCUGAGUACAUGAAGCACUUAGUACCACCCACAGAGGAGGUGCAGAUCGCCGCGCCCGGCCUUCCUGCUCACCUCAUGUCUCGCACCGCCCUCGCCUCCCUUCCCCUGCACGACCGGGUCAGGACAGUCAUGGUCAAUGCUGGUGUUGCAUCGUUUGGGGAGCUCCUGAGUGUGCUGGGGAUGGGAGCCAACACAGAGUCAGCCCAGUCAGUGCUGAAGGUACUGCAGCAAGUGGCAGUGUUGGUUCAGGGCAACUGGGUGGUCAAGUCAGACAUCAUCUACCCCAAGGACAUCAAGUCAGAGUCGGGUGUGCCAAAUGACCUCAUUCAGCGAGGAAGGGACUAUGUGCUGUACCUCUUCACCAAGACUACAGGCAUCCUGCGGGGGGAAGUAGCAGAUGUCGUGGGGCUGCCCAGCAAUGACCUGAAGGAAAUAUUGCGGGGAGUGUCACGCUACAGGGGCGCACGGGGCAUCUGGGAGUUCCUUUUGCCUACAGACACAGGAUUUGUGAACAAGUAUCUGGAGGUGGUGCAGCGGCAGCAGAUGAUCUGGCAGUCAAGGAGUGAACAAUUAGCGCAUAAUUUUAAGGACAAGAGUAAGCAGGAUGAAGCCAGUCGAGGUGCUGCUUCAAGUGCGUCUCUGAAGAAGAAUUGGUCUCCCCGAAUUAAGACUGAGCCAGACGAGGAAGUGGCGGACUCCCAAGCCAGGCCUACAACUUCCAAGCAGCGCAAGGCCCACAAAGAAACAAGAUGAGAUUGGAGCCUCCAGUAACUGUGUGUCUCUGUGGUCUCACUGAAUGCAUUUUGUGUAACCAGAUCAUGGCAGUAAGCUGACUUUUUUAUGUCAUCCAUUGUAUCUCUUGAUAUCACCAUUACACAAGUCAUCUCUCAACUAUGAAAACUUUGAUGUGUUACAUUUUUUCAUCUUAUGCCAUAUAUGUAAGACAUCAAUUAAACGACUGAGGAAAACACUAUAUACUUAAU